UCGAAGUAUCAACAACUCAUCUCGCGACCAAGCGCAAUCACGACUUGCGAAUUUCAAAGUUAAUUGUGCAAGUCAACAUUUACGUGCUAAUUAUUCAAAAAAAAAAAAAACGAGAAUAUUUUAAAAUGCGUAAAAUCGCUAUCGUUCUCUUAGCCUUGUUGGCUUGCUCGAGCGCCUACCCUGUGGAGGAGGAAACUAUAAGCGUGCAAGUGCCAGAAAGUGCAGAACAAGCAUUAGAAAGUGGAAAUGUGCUGGAAACUGAUGUUGUGACAGAUGAUGUGAAAGAUGUUAUUGUUCCAGAGGCAUCGCAAAUCGGAGUGUCAUCAGCUGUCCAGCAGCUUUUGGAAGUGGAUGCCGGUGUGCCGGCAAACGUUGAAGCGCGUAGAGAGGCGCGUCAAUUCUUGGGUGGCUUUGGCCGUUAUUCAGGCUAUGGCGGCUAUGGCGGCUAUGGCGGAUACGGAUACAGACCCUACUCCUAUGGUGGUUAUGGCGGUUUUGGCGGAUAUAGGCGCCCAUACCACGGAGGUGGUUUUGGUUAUCCAUAUGGUGGAUUCUAUGGUUAAGAACGCCAAAGUAGUAAACGUAAUAACUUAAGUGCAUACAUAUAUUGUGAUAAAAGAGAUCAGCAGACAGAAAAAUUGAAUAUUAAAAAUAAAACAG